AUGUUGACGUACUCGUCAAACCUAGCCAUCGACCCGAUCCUUGUCCACGUACCCGGUGAGGAUACCCUCAAACUCCUUGUCGCCCUUCAUCAGCACCAGGACGCGCGAGCCAAUGGUCUUGUCGAGCAGCUCACUCCGCUCACCCUCCAGGUCCUCCGCCUCGGCAAGCCUCAGUUUGCGCCCACUGUGGGAGGUGCUCCACUGGUGGAUCCCCAUGUUCCUUUGGAGCUGAGUCACGCAAUGUAUGCCGAUGUGGCAGGUGAGAGCAAGGCCGUCGACUCGUUGCGAUCCAUGGGCCUCUCGCCUAUGAUGGCUCUGCCUGUCAGCUCGGCAGAGGUCUUGCUCGGGGAGACUCUCAUGUGCUUUGUCUCCUUCCACAACUCGGGCUCGGCUCCGCUGGCGGAUGUCGCCAUCAAGAUCGAGCUGCAUACAAAGACUCAGCCGUACUCGCUGGUCGACAACGCCGCUGCUCCGCUGCAGCAGCUGCAGGCUGGCCACUCUGCCAACUACCUGGUCAAGCACGAGGUGAAGGAGCUCGGCCGCCACAUGCUCCGCUGCUCGGCCUCGUACGUCCAUGUCUCGGGCGAGCCGCGCGUCGUCCCGGCAAAGUACAAGUUUGAGGUCAUCAACCCGCUCUCCGUCACCGUCCGCAUCCCGCACCACGGCGACGCCCUGUUUGUCGAGGCUGAGCUGGAGAACGCCACAGACGUCCCGCUCUUCAUCGACUCGGUCACCCUCGUUCCGGCACCCGGCCUCGCUUGUCUCGACGUCAACACCCAGUUCGACCCACCCACUGCGCUCGUCGCCUCAGAGUCGUCGCUGGCCCAGCUGGACUUUGACGCCCUCAUGGAGGCGCCUGUUGACAGCGACUUUCUCAAGCCCGGCUGCGCCCGACAGUUUCUCUACCGCCUCACGCCGGCGCCGGGGAGUGGAACUCUGCUCCGUACUGUGACCAGCGUCGGCAAGCUUGAUAUUGUGUGGAAGACAGGGUUUGGCGAGGCCGGCCGUCUGCAGACCUCGCAGCUCGCCCGUGCACUUCCACCGGCACCAGGCCUCGCCAUCGAGAUUGACGAGCUGCCGGACGUUGUUGCUGCCUGCUCGCCGUUUGUGGCUGUCCUCAAAGUCACAAACGAGUCGCCGGCUCCGGUUGCGUUGCGGCUGCAUGUCGCCAAGGCUACCGACGCCGCUAUCGCCCUCGACGGCGUCUCGGGCACCGCCUAUGGCGAGCUCCGUUCCGGCGCCUCGCUCCGCAUCCCACUCCAUCUCUUUGCCACUCGUCCAGGCAUGCACCCGCUCCGCGGCAUCCACCUCGUCGACACCCACACCGGCAACAUGUACGAGGCUCGUGACUUGGCGGUCAUCUUCGUCGAGCCGCCGCACGCCGCGCCGUCGCACGCGCCCUGACUCGCGACCUCUCCGUUUACGGCUGCAGCUACUUUUCUUCUUCCGAAAUCGCAGCGGGAGCGGAACCCAGUGGAGCGCCCGCUCGUCAAGCACAUGCCGCUUGCCAACGCUCUUAGCCCGCUUGGCAAGAUGGGCUUCGACGAGCUGGGGAUCAAGGUUGACCACCCGCUGGCUAUCCCAGUACUUGACCAUGUCGAGCUGCUGCAGCGUGUCGGCCACGUCCUCGGCCUUCAUGCCGGUGAC